AAACCAAAACCAAACAAAGAAAAAGAGGUUUUUGCCUUUUGGCAUCAACUAACUCUACCUAACAUCCUCUCACCUGAGAUUCCAUUUCCUUCAAUUUCAACAGCUACCCAAUACAUUUCUCUCUUGUGGGAUCAACAAUGGCCCUUUCAACCAGUUUCUCAUGCGUAAAGUUGGAGGCUUUGUUGCUCAAAUGUUGUUCCUCUUCAUCAUCAUCGUCAGUGUUGUCUUCAAGGCCCUCCAAUGCUACCAUUUUUGGCAAAAACAAAAGGACCCUCGUUCAGAGUCAGAGAGGGACAAUUCGGUGCGAGGCUUCUUCUGCUUCCAAUAUCAUUGUUGAUCCCAGUAAUAAUGCUACCAGUGUCUCUGCUCUCGAGCAGCUCAAGACUUCUGCAGCAGAUAGGUAUACAAAGGAAAGGGCCAGCAUUGUGGUUAUUGGACUAAGCGUGCAUACAACGCCUGUGGAAAUGCGUGAAAAACUUGCCAUACCAGAAGCAGAAUGGCCUAGAGCCAUUGGGGAGCUUUGUAGUUUGAAUCAUAUUGAAGAAGCAGCUGUUCUGAGCACCUGCAACCGAAUGGAGAUAUAUGUUGUUGCUCUCUCCCAGCACCGUGGUGUCAAAGAAGUCACCGAAUGGAUGUCAAAAACAAGUGGGAUCCCUGUUUCAGAGCUUUGCCAGCAUCAAUUUUUGCUUUACAACAAAGAUGCGACACAGCACCUUUUUGAAGUAUCUGCAGGUCUUGACUCUCUUGUAUUGGGAGAAGGUCAAAUCCUUGCCCAGGUCAAGCAAGUUGUCAAAGUUGGACAAGGAGUUAAUGGCUUUGGGAGAAACAUUAGUGGCCUAUUCAAGCAUGCAAUUACUGUUGGAAAGAGGGUUAGAACUGAGACUAACAUCGCUGCUGGGGCUGUUUCUGUAAGCUCAGCUGCUGUUGAAUUGGCCUUGAUGAAGCUACCUGAAGCCUCACAAAACACUGCCAGGAUGUUGGUUAUUGGAGCUGGCAAGAUGGGAAAGCUUGUGAUCAAACAUUUGGUAGCAAAAGGUUGUACAAAGAUGGUUGUUGUCAAUAGAACUGAGGAGAGAGUGGCAGCAAUCCGUGAAGAACUAAAGGAAAUUGAGAUAAUUUACAAACCACUUUCAGAAAUGCUUACCUGUGUUGGUGAAGCAGAUGUGGUUUUCACCAGCACAGCAUCAGAAAACCCUUUGUUCUUGAAAGAUCAUGUUAAGGACCUUCCUCCAGCGAGUCAUGAAGAUGGUGGACAUCGACUUUUCAUUGAUAUAUCUGUUCCUAGGAAUGUGGGUUCAUGUGUCUCAGAUAUUGAGUCCGUGAGAGUUUACAAUGUUGAUGACCUUAAAGAGGUUGUAGCUGCUAAUAAAGAGGAUAGGCUAAGAAAAGCUAUGGAAGCUCAAGCAAUCAUUGGUGAAGAAUCAAAACAAUUUGAGGCUUGGAGGGACUCGCUGGAAACAGUUCCUACCAUUAAGAAAUUGAGGGCUUAUGCUGAAAGAGUGAGGGUUGCUGAGCUUGAGAAAUGCCUAGGUAAGAUGGGUGAUGAUAUCCCAAAGAAGACAAGAAGAGCUGUGGAUGAUCUUAGCAGGGGUAUAGUGAAUAAGUUGCUUCAUGGUCCAAUGCAACACUUGAGGUGUGAUGGGAGUGAUAGCAGGACUCUAGAUGAGACCCUUGAGAACAUGCAUGCUUUGAAUAGAAUGUUCAGCCUUGAGACUGAAAUAUUUGUUUUGGAGCAGAAGAUUAGAGCCAAGGUGGAGCAAAACCAUGGUGAGAUUUGACACUGACACCAAUCUCAUUGAUUACACUCAUUUAUUUUUCCUGAGGGAUUCGGAAUCAUGUAAUCUUCUCUAUUCCUGAGGGAGCUUCAAUUGGUUUUUGUUUCUCAGUGUCUACUUGGCCCAACUCUCGUUUGGGCUUUGAGGUCAUGUAUUUACACCAUGUUCUUCCAUAGCCAUUUGGGUUUGUAGUUUGUAUUAUACAAAAUAGAGAGUUACGGCGACAUUUGUAUUUAUCUCAAAUAAUAUAGGGUUCUAUUAAUCUCUUGUUGCGUUGCUUGAGAGAAGUUAUCUUCAGCUAACACGUGUUUUUCAGGAUACGGAAUCGUAUCAUGUGACUGCAACAGAUAACUUUUCUUUCCUGCUGCUGAAAAGUA